AAACUCAAUUAUGUCGAGAGCUUGAGAGAUGGGUAAUAGUGGCUUUAUGGUUAUGUCGAAAGCUUGAGGAGAAUCAGAGGCAAAGCUGCAUGGGUCCCCCGGCUGAAGAUAACUCAAGCAGUAGGUGCGCCAUCAUCGUGCGUGACGUAAGGAGGACCUGGACUUGGGGCCUUCGAGCUGGAGGCGAGUGGAGGCAGCUCUGGAAAGCAACCUGGAAAUUUCAACAAUCAGCUAUUAGGGUUACUAAAAAUGAAUUGCGCAAAUUGGGUUGGGCAAUUGGGUUUGCGAAGACUGGAAAAAAAUGAGCUGUGAAAUUCAGAUUGUAUUGAUAUUGGGUGAAUUAAUUAGAUGAGAUAAGUAAAAGUUAAUUGUUAAU